AUGAGGCGCUGGUGCCCCCCUCCCGGCUGGGCCGGGCCGGGACGCGCUGGGGCGCAGGAGCGGGGCCUCCCUGCCUCUCCCUGCGGGGUUUCCGCCUCGGCUCCAGAGGACGAUGGACCGGGAGGGGCUGCUGCCCUCAGGCUGGACGCCAGCGUGUCCCGGGCAGACCUCCUGCUUCUGUUCCGCACAAAGGGCUCCUUGGACAUCACCCAGAGUGUCGACGAUGACCCGCUCCUGGACACGCGGCUCCUCCCACAUCACUCCCUGCAAGCUCACUUCAGACCCAGGUUCCAUCCUCUGCCUACAGUCAUCAUCGCAAACCUCCUCCUGUUCAUACAUGUUGUGUUUGUUAUUUUGGCAUUUUUAACAGGUGUGCUUUGUUCUUACCCUAAUCCGAAUGAGGACAAAUGCCCAGGGAACUAUACCAACCCACUGAAGGUUCAGACGGUUAUAAUCCUAGGGAAGGUCGUUUUGUGGAUUCUGCAUUUACUCCUUGAGCGCUUCAUCCAGUACCAGCACAGCAAGGCGAGAAAGCGAGGCUACAGCACGGUCUACCGCUCCACGAGGCAUCUCAAGGGCCUUGCACUCAUGGUACACUCCUCAGGUAACACGGCGCUCCUCCUUGUCCUGUGCAUACAGCAUUCCUUCCCCGAGCCUGCCAGACUGUACCUUGACCUCCUUCUGGCCAUCCUGGCCCUGGAACUGCUCUGCUCCCUGACGUGUCUGCUCAUUUACACAGUGAGAAUUCAAAAAUUUAAUAGAGCCAAACCACAGCCUGAUGUCCUUGAAGAAGAAAAGGUCUAUGCUUACCCCAGCAAUAUUACCUCAGAGACUGGAUUCAGGACUAUUUCAAGCCUUGAAGAAAUUGUUGAGAAGCAAGGAGACAUAAUAUUAUACCUGAAGCGGCACAAUGCGCUGUUGAGUAAGCGAUUGUUGGCACUCACGUCCUCAGACCUAGGCCCUCAGCCGAACAGAAUGUGAAAGGCUUGUGGUCGGAAAGCAACUGCAGAGGAAUCCUAAGUAAACUAAGACCGUUGACCUGAACAGCUGCUACGGGGAAUGCAGCUUUUGCUGAACUAACAUUUUACAGUUUCUGGUGGAAAUCUGAAUUUGGUUCUUACCUGUGUAGCUGUUUAAUGUAUAGGGCUUGUGAGUCUUAAAAGUAUUCACCUGGAGGGACCAGCAGUUAGCGUAAUGGCUAUGUCGCUGGACUCCCACGUAGUCGACCAUGGUUCGAGUCCCGGACCCGGUGAUUUAAACUCAUGCCGGGC